AUGGACGAGGCGGUGGGUGACCUGAAGCAGGCGCUGCCCUGCGUGACCGAGUCGCCGACCGUCCACGUGGAGGUGCGCCAGCGCGGCGGCAGUACUGCGAAGAAGGAAGAUAUAAAGCUGAGCAUUAAAAAGCUGCUGAACAGACACAACAUCGUGUUUGGUGAUUACUCGUGGACCGAGUUUGACGACCCUUUUCUGACCAGGAAUGUGCAGUCUGUGUCCAUUGUUGACACAGAGCUGAAAGCUAAAGGCCCACAGCCCAUUGAUCUGACUGCGUGCACAGUUGCUUUGCACAUCUUCCAGCUGAAUGAGGACGGGCCCAGCAGUGAGAACCUGGAGGAAGAGACCGAAAACAUCAUUGCCGCAAACCACUGGAUUCUGCCUGCUUUGGAAUUCCAUGGUCUGUGGGACAGCCUGGUGUACGACGUGGAAGUCAAGUCACAUCUCCUCGAUUAUGUGAUGACAACCCUACUGUUUUCUGAAAAGAACGUCGACAGCAACCUAAUUAGCUGGAACCGCGUGGUGCUGCUUCACGGCCCCCCAGGAACUGGGAAAACGUCUCUGUGUAAAGCGCUAGCCCAGAAGUUGACCAUCCGGCUCUCAAGCAGGUAUCGAUAUGGCCAGUUAAUUGAAAUCAACAGCCACAGCCUCUUCUCUAAGUGGUUUUCAGAAAGUGGCAAGCUGGUGACCAAGAUGUUCCAGAAGAUUCAGGAUCUGAUUGAUGACAAAGAUGCUCUGGUGUUUGUGCUUAUCGAUGAGGUGGAGAGUCUCACCGCAGCCCGAAAUGCCUGCAGGGCGGGCACAGAGCCCUCGGACGCCAUCCGUGUGGUCAAUGCCGUCCUGACCCAGAUCGACCAGAUCAAGAGGUAA